GGGGCGCUGGGUGUGGGGCGGCUCCGCGGCCGGGGAUGGCGGAGGCCGCGAUCGCGGCGGCUCCGGGACAAGCGGGAGGAGCCCGGGGAGUGCUGUGAGAUGGGCCGGCUCCCAGGUCAGCCGGGAGGACACUUACUACAGCUGCCCAGAAGCACCAUCAGAAGCGCAGCAGAUGUGGGCACCCCAGCCAGCAGCAAAGAAGGGUGCAGGGAAGCUACAGAGAAGCCCCUUCUGAUGCCCCAAGGAGCAAGCCAACCCCUUCCAGGCUCCAGGAACACCACAAAGCAAUAUGAAACCUGUUCAUGAGAGGAGUCAGGAAUGCCUUCCACCAAAGAAACGAGACCUCCCUGUGACCAGCGAGGAUAUGGGGAGAACUACCAGCUGCUCCACAAACCACACACCCUCCGGUGAUGCCUCUGAAUGGUCCCGAGGGGUUGUGGUGGCCGGGCAGAGCCAGGCUGGAGCCAGAGUCAGCCUGGGGGGUGAUGGAGCUGAGGCCAUCACUGGUCUGACGGUAGAUCAGUAUGGCAUGCUAUAUAAGGUGGCUGUGCCACCUGCCACCUUUUCACCAACUGGCCUCCCGUCUGUGGUGAACAUGAGCCCCUUGCCUCCCACGUUUAAUGUAGCGUCUUCACUGAUUCAACAUCCAGGAAUCCACUAUCCCCCAAUCCACUAUGCUCAGCUCCCGUCCACCUCACUGCAGUUUAUUGGGUCCCCUUAUAGCCUUCCCUAUGCUGUGCCACCUAAUUUCCUACCAAGUCCCCUCCUUUCUCCUUCUGCCAACCUUGCCACCUCUCACCUUCCACAUUUUGUGCCAUAUGCCUCACUCCUGGCAGAAGAAGCCACUCCUCCCCCACAGGCUUCGUCCCCGGCACACUCAUUUAACAAAGCCCCUUCUGCCACCUCCUCACCUGGCCAGUUGCCACAUCACUCAAGUACUCAGCCACUGGACCUCGCUCCAGGCCGGAUGCCCAUUUAUUAUCAGAUGUCUAGACUACCUGCUGGGUAUACCUUGCAUGAAACCCCUCCAGCAGGUGCCAGCCCUGUUCUUACCCCUCAGGAGGGUCAGUCUGCUCUAGAAGCAACUGCUGCCAAUGGAGGACAUAGACUGCGAGAGCGAAAUUUAGUAAGACGGGAAAGUGAAGCCCUUGAAUCCCCCAGCAGCAAGGGUGAAGGUCAAGGACUGGUUCCAGUGGCAGAAUGUGUGGUGGAUGGACAGUUGUUUUCAGGUUCUCAGACUCCACGAGUGGAGGUGGUGGCGCCAGUACACCGAGGGACCCCAGACACUGACCUCGAGGUCCAGCGGGUGGUUGGUGCUUUAGCUUCUCAGGACUAUCGUGCAGUGGCAGCUCAGAGGAAGGAUGAACCCAGCCCUCUCAACCUGUCCCAUCAUACCCCUGACCAUCAGGGUGAGGGACGAGGGUCAGCCAGGAACCCUACAGAGCUGGCAGAGAAAAAUCAAGCCUGUGGGUUCUACCCUCAGUCCCAUCAGGAACCGGUGAAACACAGACCUUUACCCAAAGCAAUGGUUGUAGCCAAUGGCAACCUGGUGCCCACUGGAACUGACCCAGGCCUACUGCCUGUGGGCUCGGAGAUCCUGGUAGCAUCAAGUCUGGACAUGCAAGCCAGAGUCACCUUCCUAGACAAGGAGCCAACGCCGCCCCCUAUUACCUCCUCUCACUUGCCCUCCCAUUUCAUGAAAGGCGCCAUCAUCCAGCUGGCUACAGGGGAGUUGAAGAGGGUGGAGGAUCUUCAGACCCAGGAUUUUGUGCGCAGUGCCGAAGUGAGUGGGGGGCUGAAGAUUGACUCUAGCACAGUUGUCGACAUUCAGGAGAGCCAGUGGCCUGGAUUUGUCAUGCUGCACUUCGUAGUUGGUGAGCAGCAGAGCAAAGUGAGCAUUGAGGUGCCCCCCGAGCACCCCUUCUUUGUAUACGGCCAGGGUUGGUCCUCCUGCAGCCCUGGGCGGACUGCACAACUCUUCUCUCUGCCCUGCCAUCGGCUACAGGUGGGAGAUGUCUGCAUCUCUAUCAGUUUACAGAGCUUGAACAGUAACUCAGUUUCUCAGGCCAGCUGCGUUCCCCCAGGCCAGCUGGGUACCCCCCAAGAAAGGCCUGAGAGGACAGUUUUGGGGCCCAGAGACCUAUGUGACAGUGAGGGGAAGAGCCAGCCUGCAGGAGAGGGCUCCUGUGCAGUAGAGCCCUCUCAGCCUGAGCCUGGUGCUCAGGCCUGCUGGCCAGCCCCAAGCUUCCAAAGAUACAGCAUGCAAGGGGAGGAGGCACGGGCUGCAAUGCUCCGUCCCUCUUUCAUUCCACAGGAGGUCAAACUGUCCAUCGAAGGGCGUUCCAAUGCGGGAAAAUGAACCUCUUUCUCAAACCAGGACUGGGACUUUAACCCCACAGGUGAGCCCCAUCAUGAGCAGGCAGAGGAUUUGCACACGCAGAGCAGGGAAUGGCUCUCUUGGCAGUGAGAUUUGGGGAAAAUGGGGAGACAUGAAGACAGCCUCCCAAGGUAGGGUCUGUUGCUCAUUACCCCAUAACAUCCUUUCAGGACAGCCCCAGAGGGUGCUGUGAUGGGGAACAGCAGGCCUAGGGCAAAGAAGGACAGGGGUGCACCCAGGAUAAGAAACAUUCCAAAAUCAGGGCCUCCCUGUUCUUUCCAUCCCUAGCUUCUGCAAGGGGGAGUACAUCUUUGGGAGGAUGUGGCAGAGGGAGGGAGCAAAGAAAGAGCCAAAAAUGAUGAUCCACAGCUUAUAGUAGCAGUAAAACUGUCUGAAGUUUCUUUUUUUUUUUUUUCUUUUUUGUGGUGGGAGGGCAGGAAGCCCCAUGGUUAGAAAUAAGAGGGUUCCCACCCAGAACCCAUCUUGUGAGAGAUGUGCACUUUAAAGGGUGAUUUUGUUACAGAUGUCUAUGGCUGGGUUUGUGGGGGAGGAGCACUCAUCUAUAGAACUCUGCUUGAUCCUCUGCUUCAGCCCUUUCCCAUCUCCUCACCAUUCCUCCUACAAGGCUUCAAGCAUCUUGGGGGCCAGGAGAGAGAGAAGCCCCUCCAGGGUUCAGAGUGAAGGACUUCCUUGCUGGGGACCCAGUCAGGGAACUGUGGGGGAAAGACUGACCAUCAGGUCACUGGGCUCUACACAAGAUUUCUAGAAAGGUGGCUGACCUAACAAAGCUCCUACUCAGCAUGCCAGGCCUGCUUAGAGAUUUCAUUGAGUCUCCAGUUGGUAAUGGUGACUUUGGAUAGAACCAGUGGACCCUUUUCCUCAGGCACCUACACCCCUCCAUUGUCUGUCUAUGUUGUGCCUAAGUGCCUGCACUGCCCCCACCCUUCUGCUACCCUGACCUCUGCAUGGUGUCUUGAUCUGGGCCUUGUGUGGCUGUGCUGCCUUUCCUUUUCUGCAAAAUUGGCUUUGUCCACUCUGACCAAAACCUCUAGUUUUUGGUAUGUAGGGGUCUCUGGUUUCCUUCUUAGUAAUCUCCUCCUUUUAAAAUCUUUGUUUUUAAAAACUCAAAAUCAUGUCGCCUCUUCCACUGCCAGAUAGCUUGGUGGAGAAACAAAAAGGGAACCAUGCCGUGGGCCAGGGCAAAUGUGCCUGGCAGGACAAUUCCCAUUCUGGUAUUCUUACAUGACCCCCCCCCACACACCCAUCUUUAUUCCACUGCCUCUCCUAGUAUUUGGGAGCCUCCAUGAUGUCCCCUCCCACUGCCAGCCAGCUCUAAGUUCUUUUGACAUUUUAGUACCUGAAGUGUGUUUCAUUUUGUGGUGGUGUAUUCCUCUGCAGAGUAUUUUUAAUCUUAGUUGCAUUUGCUUCCCUAUGUCUUAAGCCCACAUUUUUUCCCUCCCACAACUUUUGUCAACCUAGAUCGUGGGAUUCCAAUGGGUAUUGGGAUUUAGGCUCCCCUACCCAGGUGGGUGAGUGGUCUUUUUUUGGGGGGUGGGGGUGGAGGUCUUUAGUUUCUUGAAGGCAACUCAGGGUAUUGUCUACACAGCUCUCUGGUUAGUUUUCUCCCAGGGUAUGAUCCUGGCAUUUCCUUUAUAGAUAUACUUGGACUGGCCAAGGGCUGGCCUGUCAUCAGUAGUCCCAAUCUUCUGAGGUCUGAGCUCUGCUCUGUCAAAAGACUUUAGGCAACGGUCUUUUGACCUCUCAUUCUUUCACUUCCUCCCCAGCUGCCAAAUGGGGAUAAAUAAUCUUACCUACCUCCUGGGGGGAGGGGAAGUUCUGAGAAUGGAGUCAUUCUUAGUGUUCAGGUGCUAAAGGUUGUUCUCCUGGGGGAACAGACUGACUUAGACUGGCUUGUUUGCUACAAGCCCUACACUCCACUAUUUCAAACCUUGAGAGCAGUUACCUGGUCAGUGAGCUUUUGGGAGUCCAUCCAAAGAAAGCUGCUGACCUGACCACAAGUACUUGUCUCUGGUUUGUGUCGGAACCACACACCAACUUUGUACUGCAUUUGAGAUCAUGUUUUUUCCCUUUUCUGUCCCCCAAUUCCCUGAAUGCUGCUUUUUCUGGCUAGUUUCCUACAGCAGGGGUUUGUGGGGUUGAGUCUUAAUGAAUUCCCUCAGAUAAGAGCCUUAGGAGAAUGCCUCAUCUUUGGCCCUUUCCUGAGCAACUUGUUCCUAGGGAUUAUUGUGUGCAUGAGUUUCAUAUAAGCAUCCUUCCUCAUAGGAAGGCUCAACAACUGAAUAUAGUGACAUGCAUACAGUAGAUGCUCAAGAAAUGUCCAGCACAGAUACCAACUGAGCUGCUUCUUUGUGGGAGCAUACUUGUAUCUGACCAGAUACAGGCCAAGUAGUUUAAGUCAAAUCACCCUCCACUCAGGCUUAUUGUGACUUCCCAACCUGGAUCCUUCCACUGAACUCUGGAAAGAGAAAUUGUUGGGAGACCUUGGCAAGUUGAGCCCUGACCUGUCUGCUGUGAUUCCUUUUGUGUCUUUUGCUGGUGAAGCUUUUUCAGCAGUUUCCCUAAUAUUGUGCCAUGCUUAUGUUAGUACUUGAUUUCGCUGAGCUGCAGAGUAUCUAUCAUAAAGUGUGGUCCCUAGGAAGAGAAGCUCAGUGCUCUAAAUCUUGGUCAGAGCUGUGGCAUUGCUCUUGCCCUUUCCCUGUGGUUCAGUCUUUUCUUCUAGGCAUGAGAAAUAAGAGUAAUGCAUGCUCUAUUUCUCUUUAUAGAAAUUACCUAAGUUUCCAAGAGACAAGAGGAUGGUUUUUGGAACUAAGCAUUUUAAUAGGAAAUGUCAGCUUUUGGGAAAUGGGCAAUUGACAAAGGCUGGCCAGUCCCAUCCCUAGUUAAUAGGUUAUUCUCAGAGCUGAGGGAUAAGAGGGAGGACUGCUAACUCUCUGGCCCUGUACAGAAAUGCCUAUACAAUUUGGGAGAAAGGGAACCGGAUAAAGCAUGUGUAAUCACCUAAGUCUUAGAUCAUCAUUCCUAUCAAAAUUAGGGUUCAUGGGGGAAGGGAUCUGGGAACUCAGAGCUGAACACUUGUACUGGAGGGGAGGGGACCCCCAGAGAUCUGGACUGAACCUUCUGCACUCUUGGUCAUAACACCACAGGCUUUGCUCUGUGCUGCUUUUGUCACUGCUGCUGUCUGCUCACUGUCCUGCCUGCUGCCCACUGUAGUUCUCUGUCCUUCUGUGUCUUUAGCCAUGUAGAUUAAAUCCAGACACCUUGUCCCUUCUUACCUGUGUUCUGCCAGUGUUAUUGCAUAGCACAGUCAUGUCUAAUAGGGCUGGUAUGAAAUGCUGCUGGUGGGCUGGUGAAUCCAAAGGGAUAUGACUUCAGUGCUGUUAGGAGCCCUUUGGUUCCAAAGAUCUGCCUGUCUUGAGGGAGAAAAUAGUAGUCCUAUUAGUGGAUAUUUUCUGUUGUAUUAGCUUCUUUUCCUUGUGGUACCUUGAAUCCUGUUUUGAAAACUGAGUGAGGAGGAACCGUGUUAGACUCUGUGCCAGCAUCUCAGUGAGAUUCAUCUAGCUAUAGUUAUGUGGAUUCUGGUGUUAAGAGAGGGUUUAAAGUUUGGCUGAACUAGUUCUCCAGUGGGCUUUAGUUUUAUUUUUACAUAGGUGGUUUAGGGGAAGCACAGGAUUGUGGUGUGAUUUGAACUUGCAACAAGUAGGCAUAUUGAAGAGUUGAGUGAUCACAUUGGAGGUGAAAGUGGACAUGGGUUGACUGGGAAAGGGCCCUGGCCCAUUUGAAUAAAGGUAAACUAGUUACUGAAUUGGCCAUGGAAGAUUAGGCCACAGUCUUAGAAGCAAAGUAAAUAGGACAGAGGCCAAGUUUUAGAGCGAUGUCUUGACCUCCUAGGGCUAAGUUUACUAAACCAUACUGAAGCUACAAUACUUUCCAGAUGGGAAAAAGUGUACACUACAGUUGAAGAACUGAACCCUACUAGGUUGGAUGUUGAUCAGGAACCUAAUAGCCCUUUGCCGGGAAGCCCUUGCUCUCCAGCUUCCCUGGGGUAGGAAAGGUCUCCCACAUUAUGCAAUAAUAAAAUAAGCGUCUGGGUCUCUGCAGCUGUCAGUUGCUCUUUCAACUCUAGGAUCCAUCUUUGGACCAGAAGCCUGGUCUGGGCCUUGGAUGAAUUGGCCCUUGAUGUUAGAGGUUGCUGCACUCUCCUUACCUGCAGACUAUGCACAGUGCCUGGGCAGAAGGAGAGGUGGUGCAGUUUGCCCUGCUGAGCCCUCCCAGCAGGAACAGUAGUAAUAAAUGCACUUUUCACACUAAAGGUUUCUUUAUUAGUUCUCCUGAUAAGCCUAAAUCCUCCCAUAGUAGAUUGCAAACUCCAAGUCUGUGUGAUCCCAAAGCCAUUCCACUGCAAAUGCCCGGCAGUGAAGAUGGCCCCAAACUGGGUUCCUGUCUGCAGUGUAUGUGGCAGCAGCCCUUGUGCCUUUACCUAUUGUCAAACUUGCAAGCAUUUAUUCUGUCUUUAAGACUGUCAUGGGGACUUGGGUUCUUCAGAGAGAGGGAAAGAACUGAUGACACAGUGGUUUUACACCCACUCCCUAGACAGGGAGUUUGCUUGUAAUUGUGAGCUGUGAGGGUUAGGGAGCUGCUGGUAUUGCUGAAGGCAGGGUAAAUCCCUUAUUUGCUUUAUACUUGCAUUCAACAGAAUCUAGAUUGUGUUGGGGAACAGACUGACUGUACUCAUGGCUAACUUGAAGUAUUAAAAUAAGGCUGUCCCCUACAAACUUCCUAGUCAUACAGGAUCCCUGUAGUCAAAACAGUAUAUGUUCCAGCUGCAGAGAGCAGAUUGCUCUCGGCUUACACAGCACCUUAGGGGAAGGAAUAUAUGGAUAGGGAAUGGGGUGGAGAAAGGAUGGGAAUUUUGUCAUCCAGGUGGCUUUAGGGUCCUAAGGAGUACAGAACAGCACUGGGGAGGUCUGGAUCUGAUUUGUGUAGGAGUUCCCUGUAGAUAAAUUACUGAUCCCCCCCCCAACUACUAUCCCCAGUAUGUAAUGGCUGAAUUAAUAUGUAAUCAACUGCAUUGUAUCUAAAGCCUUAGAACUAGUCAGGUGCUCCCCCCACCCAAUACCAUUUCUUACCCUCUAAUCCUACCUGAUCUUUAACAAAGCAUUAAUAAUUCUAAGGAUAAUCUCUAUUUUGUUGUGCUUUUUUGUAACUGUUUUAAAUAAAUCAAUUUGUACUGUAUAUUUGUACUUUUGUGAGAUCCUUUUUGCUGUUUUACCAUUUUAAGUCUCUGUACUUGGCUACACACAGAUUGUAUUUUUAUUGUUAAUGCUCUUCUUAUGGAUACCUGCAUUUAACUUGUGGACUAUGUAAACACAAUAUAUAUCAAUAUCUAUAUAUCUAUAUAUCUAUCUAUAUAAACUACUAGCUUU